AUGAAGAUAAACCUGACAUCUGACGACAUAAACCUGCUGGUUUACCGUUAUCUGAUAGAGAAUGGCUACAGUCAUACGGCAUUUUCGUUCAACAAGGAGGCGGAAAUAGCGAGGAAUCCGUACUACAACAACCAUGCUGACAAAAUACCGCCAAACGCACUGGUCUCAUUCAUGCAGAAGGCUAUGAUAUACAUAUACCUGGAAUACCACACAGACGAUCUCACAGGGGACCAAAUAGUAUGCGAUGAACCAUUUUCGUUCUUUCGUAAACAUGCCUGCUUCCGGAAACUGGGACAGCAAAAUGGGCUCCCUAUCAAGGAGUCUACACCCAUCAUGUCAGAACAUGGUCAGCACGCCACUUCACAGCAACAGACAGCGAUGGGGGAGAGGUCUGGUGCAGGUGUGAUGGAUACAAACAGUGAGAAUCCGGAGAGCAAUUCGUUGGUCGAGGCAUCGGCUAUAUACUUGGGGCCACCUCAGAGGAGGCUUGCGGACAAGUGGCAGGUGUUCGGCUACAUGAGGCUGUUGGAGUAUGGGCCUAAAGGCGCUGCAGCUGUAGCCUAUUUCAACCCAGCAUUCCCAGCAUACAUCGUAAAGAGGUUAGAAGACGCUCCACCUGCCAUGUACCAAAUUAGCAAGAAAAACCGCGUCAAGACUUGUGAGAUGGUACCACCCAUUGCAAUGCUCAGGGAGACGGAUGGCGAUGUAGAGGUCGCAGGCACAUGUCUCAGGUGGAGGCAUGAUGGACGUAUGUUGUGCACAGGAUAUGCAUCAGGCAGCGUGGCCGUCUGGAAUACGUGUGGUCAGAGGUUAUUUGGCAUAAAAGCUAGCAACACUUUGAUCUCUGCAAUUGCCUUCUCAGGCAACAGGCGGUUCUGGAACGAAUGUGGGAGCACUGUCAUUGAAUGCAAGUUGGCAGUGGGAGACGCCGACGGACGAAUUCUGGUUUUCCGAGUGUACAACGGUCUUAGUCACCUGGCAUCGUACAACCAAGGUUCUGUAGUAACGGAGAUCGACUGGAAAGAUAAUGAUAUAUUCGCAGCAGCCAGCGCGGAUGCAAAAGUUGUAAUAUACGACACCGCAACUAACGCCAGUACAGUUAUCCAAGAUGCCGUGGAGUCCAACCCGUUGUUCAUGGAAUGGGGACCUGUGGGCAGAUGCCUCGCUAUGCUAGAUAACACCAACAUGUUGAAACUGUACAAACCGAAUCACAAUGGCGUGCAGGGAACCGUCACUUCGCUAGGUGCUCAUACGAAGAACAUCGUCGCAGCAUCGUGGCAAUUCGGACACAAUCCGAAGUCUGCUAACAGAAUAUGCACGGUGGCCAUGGACAAGCAGCUGCUAGUCUGGGACGUCGUAACCGACUGUGUGGUCACAUCAAUAUUACUGGACCAGGUACCAACUACCGUUGCCGUCAACGCUAUGGACACAUUCGUGGCUGUGGGUACUUACGGAAACCUCGUGAAGAUAUUCAACCUUCCCACCCUUACGCUCAGCUGUUCCUUCUGUGAUCAGGGUCUUCCAACCUCUGUCACUUGGGCUUCAGACGGCGAUCAUAUCGCAUACAAUGUAUACAACCAACAGAGGACUUCCGUGUUGCCAAUAACAACAUCAACAUCAGUGGCCGCUGAUUAG